AUGAACAUUUCAGUUUGUUUUGUCGUGGGAGAUGAAUGGAAUAUUCAAUGUAAAGACAAGGUAUUCAGCGAUCGUCAAAAAAGAGACCGUCUUUCUGAAAACGUCGUUAUUGGAAUGGAUUACUUUGGAAAAGCAAAAAUCGUCUGUCAAUGCGAUUCUGCAGGCGCGCGACGAGUUAUGUCAAAGAACAUGUAAGUAAUCAAGAGAUAACAUUUUAUACUGUUAUCUGGUCUAUUACUGACGUACGGCUCAUGUUCUAACGUGGAAAGUACAAUAAAGUGGCGAUCCGCCUGGCCAGGGAGGUCGCGAAGCCAUCAACAUUGGGGGGGGGGGGGGGGGGGGUCGUCAUGUUUUGACCAACUUUUCCUAGGAUUUUGACCAAGUCGUAAAAAUUUUGCCCGGAAAUGUUGUCGAGGGGGGAAGUCAAAAAUAUUUUCCAGACUAAAUUGAUAGUGAAAAAAAAUUUUCCGGACUAUUAUAAGCAUAUUCAAAAUUUUUCAACCAAUAUAAGCAAUGCUUCCGACUUUUUCACCGCAAACGUAACUGAAGCUUUAAAGUUGUUAAAAGUGCGAACCAUUUCAUAACUUUUAACAACUUCGACCAUCUUAUUUCCAAAACUUUCACCAAAUUUUUCACGAGUUUUACCUUCAGUUUUAAGCAAAUAUCAGUUCCAUUUUGAACAAAUUUGGGCAAAUAUCAGUUCCAUUUUGACCAACAAUGACCAGCGUUUGAAUUAUUGGGGGUGUUACUACCUUACUUUUUCUUCACAGAAGGAGACCUCUGUGAUUAUACUUUUCAUUUUCUUUUUGGGUUGACGUAACGUUACGGUUUUUUCAACCUGAUGGCCUUUUUGCUAAUGACCAAAAGGGCCCAGUUAAUCUGAAAAUCUUGCUUCACUACUGGGGCAAGCAAAGGGCCUACUGGGGUAAAUACCCAGUAGUUAUAUAGGUAAAAAAUGCCCUGAUCAAAAUACUUUUGGACAAUUCUUCAACCAAAGUCCCUUUUGUAUUAAUUGAUUUUUGAAUUCACUUUCUAGUUUAGCAAGCAAGCGUGGUUUAGUUGUGAAAGUGAGAUCUUUGGGGAAUGCAAAUGAACAGGUACAGGAGAAAAACCACCCAUCCGUGAACGAAGAGGAACCAAAUAAAAGGCAUAUAAUUUAUUCCCAGAAAUGUUGUAAGAUUGAUCUCACUAAUCCCCCAAAACGUAAGUUUAAGCUGAUGUAACUAGUCACAAUUAUAUGCCAAUGGGAAUAUGAAAGAUUCUAUCACGACAAUUAUCACGUGUAGUGUUUCCGUUGUUCAUAUUCGACAUAUUUCAAAUUCUAUCACGACAAUUAUCACGUGUAGUGUUCCCGUUGUUCAUAUUCGACAUAUUUCAAAUUCUAUCACGACAAUUAUCACGUGUAGUGUUCCCGUUGUUCAUAUUCGACAUAUUUCAAAUUCUAUCACGACAAUUAUCACGUGUAGUGUUCCCGUUGUUCAUAUUCGACAUAUUUCAAAUUCUAUCACGACAAUUAUCACGUGUAGUGUUCCCGUUGUUCAUAUUCGACAUAUUUCAAAUUCUAUCACGACAAUUAUCACGUGUAGUGUUCCCGUUGUUCAUAUUCGACAUAUUUCAAAUUCUAUCACGACAAUUAUCACGUGUAGUGUUCCCGUUGUUCAUAUUCGACAUAUUUCAAAUUCUAUCACGACAAUUAUCACGUGUAGUGUUCCCGUUGUUCAUAUUCGACAUAUUUCAAAUUCUAUCACGACAAUUAUCACGUGUAGUGUUCCCGUUGUUCAUAUUCGACAUAUUUCAAAUUCUAUCACGACAAUUAUCACGUGUAGUGUUCCCGUUGUUCAUAUUCGACAUAUUUCAAAUUCUAUCACGACAAUUAUCACGUGUAGUGUUCUCGUUGUUCAUAUUCGACAUAUUUCAAAUUCUAUUCAGUUUACAGUUAUCCAUUCACACUACGACUUCCUGAUCAAACGUAUUCGAGCGAACUAAGAGAUCCAAGCAGUCACAAAUAUCAAAGUUUAAAGAAUCAGUUAAUUACUGGG